AUGUUUUGUAUGGUAUAUAAAAAAGGUGGCAUUCAGAGCGAAUACCAUCAUUCAGUUCGGUUUAUCCUUUCAUUUCUUCCUCCUGCUAUACCUAGCUAAGCAUCCUCACCGCCUUCAAAAUGCUGCCUUUGAUUGCCUGCAUCCUUUUAGGAGUAACAGCCACAGUUCACAGCGCUGCAGUCGAUACUGGCGCUUCUGCACGAAGCUACAGCGGUGGCAGCAGUAACGGCUAUGGAAAUAACAACGGAAACAGCUACGGAAAUAAUGGGGGCUACAACUCCGGUGGUGGCUAUAACAACGGCGGUGACUACGGCAGCUAUGACUAUGGCGGUUUUGGAGCGGGAUUGUUUGACGGACUGCUGGAUAUCGGCAAUUUCUGGGGACCCGAUGGCCUUUGGGGUGCUGGUGGAUUUUGGGGAAACAGCGAUUACAGUGAUUAUGGCGAUUAUGGCAGCUCAUAUGGUGGUGGAUACAGCAACGGUGGCAGCUACGGAAACAACAAUAACGGAGGGAGCUACGGAAACAACAACAACAAUGGGGAAGCUACGGAAACAGCAACAACAAUGGAGGAAGCUACGGAAACAGCAACAACAAUGGAGGAAGCUACGGAAAAUAAUCCUGGCAACGCGUAACUUACCACUGUACUAUGGCACUGCCGGUGCACCUUUGUGAUACGUCUUUUUCUACUCCCUUUUCCUGGCAAUAAAUUAAUUUAACAUUUUGUGCUGUUUUCAUACUUUCCUUUAUUUAUAAAAAUUUUUGUACACUAAAACAGGCAAACAUGUGCAACGGCUCGAGACAAUGCAGCAAUAAACACGUAUAAACAUGCAA